AGCAACUGUGUAAAGUGUUUUCAAGAUGGCGGUGAUUCUGCAGCACAAGGCUGCACAAUCCGUCAAUCAACCAUCCUCCACUUUCUACAGCGGUGAUAAAAAUCCUGUAAUUAACGCAUUUGGGGAAGAGUAUAAACUGUUCUUACAGUUUAUGAAAAAGAAAGCCUCGGCAGCCUAUAAGAAGAAAGAUGACGAGGCGUUUUCACGAGGAGCUGAUACCUUGUUUGCACUAUGGAAUUCCUACGAGGGGCGACUUCCUACUACUUACUAUCAGCAGAAGGUCAUUCAGAUGGGAGACUUCCUGGUUACCAUCAAAGAGUACAAUCUUGCUGUGUGGCAGUGCUAUGGGCGCUACCUAGACCAGUUUGGUGAUCAGCACAUUGAGGACAUUGUAGACAUCAGCACGGUCAAGGAGAUCUUCUUCCCGGACGGUUUGGAAACCGAUAAUGCCAGCCUUACAUUCCGAGCACUGUAUGGCAAGAGUAUCUGUAACUACCAGCUGGUGUUACUGACGGACCCCAAGCUACAGAACACCCAGUCAGUCAGCAUGUGUCUCAAGAUCCUGGCCUUCCUCAGGCUCAUCACACAGGUCGUGCUGCCCAGGGAACCGCUGUGCUGGCUGGUCUACAAUGGAACAAUCCACAUCUACAGUGUAUCAAGACAUCUGAUGACACUGGGCCACUCAGCAAAGGUGUUGGAAUUCCUUCUGUGGGCCUGCAUGUGCAUGGAGCAUUCGGUGCCACUCUUGUCUGUUCGUUACCUGUCCUGGAGGACCACACUAUACACGGCUGUGUGUCAGUGUUACUAUGACUGCAAGGCAUCCCAGCAUGCUGAGAGUUUUGCCCGCCGUGCCUUGAGCAAAGUCAAUGAGCUGAGUCAGCUGGAGAAAAUCAGCUCGGCGCCACCUAGUGGCCAGAUUGAAAUCAUCUUUAGACAGUCAGCUGUCAGGUUGGGCAUCAUGGUCUACAAGCGUGCUGUGUUUGAUACCAGGAAGAAACCAAAAGGUCUCCUGCGUCCCAAAACAAGGAGCAACUUGAAAGAUGCACAGUCGCCAACGGAGAGCCGUACAGUCACCAUAGUAGCCAGUGACGGCCGUCUGAUCUGGCACAAAACCUCCAAACAGAGACUCGAUGAUCUCGUGAAAAAACAAGGAAGUCUCCCCUGGCCCCGCACAGCCGUGGAGAAACUCCUUGCCGACAUGUUUGAAGGCAGCGCGGCCCAGUUCCUGGCAAUCCUGGAGACCCUGGCUGAUAGCACACGCCGGACGCUACUGAGCAGCCCGGCUGCACCGGAUACUGAGGAUCAUAUACUGGAUACGUACUCGGAGCUGUUCUUUGCUGGCAUGGAGAUCAUUGCAGGAGGAGCAGGGCACAGCCCCCGAGGUCCCCACUCUGCCUCUGAUGUCAGCUUAGCCGGAGUGACCCAAGACAAGUGUCUGAUUGACCUGGCUGCCCGGUCUGAGGACGGCAUACCCGUCAACGCCGUGGUCAAGUUUGUCAAGUGGGCUUACAACUAUGAGCAGUGGGAGCUGUAUGAGAGCUUGGUCAUCACGGUGCUAGACUACCUCAAGAGUCAGAAUGACCAGCGCUACACCCCAGAGAUCAAGAGCCUAGAGAUCCUACAGGCCAUGGAUCCACUGAACCCAAGCAGGAAGUCUAAAAAGCCGUACUCCCACACUGAUGAUAGUAGUAUAGCUGAUGGGCCUGCCCACUCACAAACACGCUCACAGACUCCCGUGCCACGAUCCACCUUACCACUCAAUGAUGAAAUGGUGCAACUCGCUGAGGUCUUGUACUCCUGUGCCAAAGAUCCUAUGGCAGAAUCUGUGGACAGGGACAUGGUGGUAGAUGCCACCUUGUUUCUGUGGAAUCGCUGCAAGUCCGUCUUCCAGAAGGUCCAGACAGGAGCGUCGGAUAGCGGCAAGUACCUGCAGAAGAUUGACCAGCCUAACAAGUGGGUUCACAUCCUGAGUGUUGUCCAUGAGGUGAUGUACUGGUGUGGAAUUAGCACCAUGGACUCUGGAGUGACGGCUGAGGUGGCUAUCCGCUUAGCCUUAGUCCUGGAGAACAACGCAGCUAAUGAGUCUGACACAGGUAAGGUGAAGGCUAAGCCAGCAGUCGUUGAGACAGGCUCUGGUGGUAGGCAGUCUCGGGAAGUGGAUGAUCAGUCCGUCUCUACACUCCAAAAAGAUGCCACCCCAGUGCCCAAGUCCCCAGCAGCGCGACCAUCAGGCGAGGCCGGCCGUGACACCACCACGGCCCUGGGACGGGCCAGCACCUCCUUCUACACCUCCUCCAUCCUGCAGCUGGGUGCGCAGGAACAGCUGCUGUCUGCCCGGGAGAUCCUAGAGAGGGCGCUGCAGGGGAUGUCCAAGGCGCGACAGAUCGUGGCGCUGACAGACGGCAAGUCCAUCGCUGACGUCAGCUGGGUCAAGGACAACGCGACCUUGAAACCCACCAAGAGCACCGACAUCUUGGAUGCCGCAGACAAGGACACCACGACGGAGAAGGCCGAUGACAAUCCAAAGGGGGUGCACAACACCAUCAUGGACCUGCAUCUGGAGCUGCUCUACAUGUACCACAGGGUCUGCAUCAAGCUGGCCAAGACAGUAAACGGCGGUAGUGCCGGGACCAAGGCCAAGACAGGUUCUGGGAAGGGGCAGAGGAGCCGUGCUGCCACAGAACAAAGAUUGGUUCAGAGAGCGGACGGCCAUGUCGUCCACAUUGAGACAGUUGAUGAGCUGCUGAGUAGCUGUGGUAAGAACCUGGUGUCUAAGGCUCUCUUCCUAAUGCAGAAAACACUGCUGAUGUCCAAGUCCGGUGCCCCGACUCCAGAACAAGCUGGACUCUUACAGGAUGCGGUCAGUCAGGUGACCAAGGCCCAAGAUCAAGAGUACAAGCUGUUUACUCACAAUGCCCCUCAGAAGCAGCAGCAGGGACAAACAGCCAGCGUCAGGGAAUCCGGAGUCCCCCCGGCCCCACUGCUGCUCUGCCGCACAGACACCACCAUGGUCUUCAGGCCGGGCCCCUACAACCCACCACAGAAGGUGGCCUGGUACCGACUGUUUGGCAGGCUAGCCAGUGGCAGCAACGUCAAGGUCCGAUUGAAUGAUUACUUCCUACCAGGAACUGGAGAAGAGGUGCCAGCCUAUGAUUGUGAGCUGCAUGUCUCUGGCCUACAGACCAAUGAGAAAUAUGUCUUUGCUGUGGCAGCAUACACAGCUAGCGGUGUCCUCAUUGGGGAGAGUAUCGGCGACACCACCAAGCCCAUCCUGGCAUCCCACCCACUGCCUAUCCUCAUGACCUGGGCCUUUCUCAGCCAGGCUGCCUACCAGGUAGGGUGCUACCCCAUCGGCCUGACUGCCAGCACGGUACUCUGGGAGCACUUUGUAGCUCCUGUCCCCCCACCGGAGUCAGACGUUGAGGUGGUGACGGCUAGAGAAGACUUCAAGCUCACUCUCAGAAAGUUGAACCCCAAGACCUGCUCUGUUGCCUCGCCCGUCCUGCUGCGUAUGUUCCUGACCAGUAUCUUCAUCAAUGUGGAUGUCAGCAUGAGGGAGGGAGAGAUCUACUGUGACAAACUCUGUGAUAGAGGGCCCUACUCCAAGGGACAGCUUCAACGUUUAGCCGAGUGUGAGCGCAUGUUGGUAGCCAUGGAGUUAGCAGGCUGGCUGAAUGAGUCCAACCUAGCUCUACAGGCCGUGGUGCAGUGCUACGGACUGCUGGCUCCUAUCAUCCACUACAAAAUCCCAUCUACGCCAGUCAUACAGGUGCUUACUCGCUGCUACGCCAUCCUGCUGGAGAUGCCGGCCAGCCUGCGACAGCGUCGGCAGCAGUCCGUCUCAGACAGCCUCCAUCACAUGAUAGCCGUCAUCACCUACCAUAUGGCCAAGGUGCUGCGGGUCUGGAAGCAGAGAGGGCUGGCCAAUCACGUCACCGACACCGGCAAGAAAAUGCUAGCCAUAGAAAAGGAAUCUGAGCAGAAAGGAAAAGCUGAGGCCAUGGAUUUCAUUGAGGAUGUGGAUGGUGGGGCAGGGCAAGCCGGGGCAGUCGCCGCUAAGAAAAAGCGCCCACGACGGUUUGGUCAGACCAUCUACAAUGUGGAAGGCCCUAAGAAUGAGGAGUUGAGAGCGCUGGAGGCACACAUGCUCAAACUGUCUAAACUGGCUCACAAUGCAGAUGAAUUGACCGGCUCCGAGGAUCCUAACAUCCUGCAUGCAUUCAUUGCAGCCCUACCCAGCAGAUAUGCCUACAAAGAAGUUGUGAAGUUCCGACGUCGGGCUCGAUUCCUUGAGUUUGUGGUGCAGGUGGUGCAGAAAGCAUUGAGUGAAGGAUUGGUCGACACGGCCAUUGAAUGGUGUGAAGACUCUACACAGUGGCUUAUCAGACGCAAUGAGCAGCUCUCAGCUGUCAAGGCCACGCUGUCCAAACAGCCAGGCGGUGUGACAGUAGUCGGAGAUGACCCCAAGAAAUAUGCCGCUGCUGUCAUUGAAUACACUAAGAACAAGCCAACCACUCUUCAGGUGCCCACCACCAAGAACCAGCAGGAGGCUCAAGACACCAAGAGCCCGCGUCGGAAGAAGAAGAAAUUCCAGCUGCUGGUCCAUCUCAGAUCCCAUCAGGUCAAGAUGUCGGAUGCUGCUAAGGCACAACAGGAGCACAAGGAGCUCCAGGCUUUUGAGAAGUUGGAGCAGAUCCUGCCUGAGUUCUACCACACCCAGAAGAAGAAGCAGAGGCUGAGAAAGAUCUGUGCCGAUGAGAUCCCUUGGAGAACCCAGUUGAACAUUCUUCAGGGAUUGUGCCACUUUGCUCAGUUCUUGAACAAAGUGGUGAAGAGAGACAAGCUGAUGGGGCCAGCAGCGGGAGAUAUCUACAGAUCAUCUUACUUGGACAAUGAGUGGUUCACCUUUGAGACAGCCGGUACCUUAGUCGUUGGCUGGGACGGAGGGCCAUCCAGGGCAGCCACCAGACAGGAUGACACGCGACCGUCCAUGAAUGACCCUGUCAUCGCUCAGCUACAGCAGAUGGACCCUGGAGACGAGUACAAGAUGCAGCCCUCGGCCAUAGAGGUGGCUGCACUCGUUACUGUGGGUAAGCCAGUGCCGGUGGUGCCCCCUCCCCCAGACGACAAAGAAUCAGACACCAUGAGGACGUAUCGUUCCUACGACAGCGAGAAACCAACCACCAAAGCCCCACAGCACCACAUUGACUAUGCUGGCAUCACCACGCAGGCCACUGUGGAUAGCUUGAAGAAGACGUUUGACCACCUCAAGAAAGCAGUGGUCUUAGCACAUCGUGGCAGCCAUUGGACCCUCCUGCAGAACGCCAGCCGAGCUCUCUGGAACUGUGCCCACACCGCCUUGCUCCACACCUUCGCCAGCGGUCACACCAACGGCCUGCUCUCCGUGGAGGCCCUGAGGGCCGUGGUCUGGAGGCCCUUCUACACGGCCGUGGACUGCCUGCUGGACAUGAUGGUGUUUCUGCAGAACCAGGCGGAGGCAUCGCAGAAGAAGUCCAAGAAGCAGCCACCCGUCCUGGUCAACAGCUGGGUGGGUUCCGUCUCAGACGAGAAGGGCGGUGCCAGCCUGAAGUUUGAGAAUCCCCUGGAUGACCUGAGCACGGCCGACUCCCGCUGGAUGCGACGCAUGGUGCUCAGGGUGCUGGAGAUGCUAUAUUAUGAGCAGCAGUGGGAAUGCCUGGCAGACGUGGCCAUGAGAUUCAACGUCCUGGCACAGGAGCGUUACUCGGAACAGGUCAGCCCUCUCCUGAUCCAGGCCCAACGCAAGCUCAUCUCCCGCCUCCAAGCCUAUGGGGGCCCACCCCCUGUCCAGCCCCACUUCCAGCUUGCCUCGGACAAGCUAGGUGGGGUACCGAUCACAGCCAGGAACUACACCGACGUGCAGCUGACCGUUGAGCUGGACCCGUCCAAUCUCAAGGCUAUCGAUAUGGGCGGGAGGAUUGACCCCGAGGGCCAUGAUGUGUACGGAGGAGCUUCAGAUGCAGGGAAGCUAGUCUGCGUCCCCCUGGAUGUUGGAGACAGUCUGUCUGUGUUUCAGCAAGCACUGAGUGCCUCUAACUACACAGCAAGAGCCUUACAGCACAGCCGUAAGCUGCUGGUGCUCUACCUGGCUACACAGCAAAACGCUGCCCCAGCGCCCAGCCAUCACAGCAUCCACAGCCGGGUUGGUUUCUCAGAGACAGAUGACCAGCCCCAGAUGACUGUCCCGCCUGACCUGGCCCGAGCAGAGUUCAAGACCAUGGCCGAGGUCCAGACAUCGGCACUGCCCAAGUCACAGCUGGGAGUGGUGCUGACCUCCUACGACAAGACCAUCGAGAUGUUACUGGCCAGGAAGCAGUUAGGCCUGACAGCUCAAGCCAUGCAUGAAUUGGGCAACUUGCACUACCACGCUGCUAACAUCAGAGCAGCGUUCAAGUGGUGGUCCGAGUCCCUAGAUCUGAUCAUGAACACCACAGACACGCUGCACAGCUGGCGACAGCUGCUGACUGGCCAGAAGUCACAGCAUGAGAUCAGCUCUCAGCUGCUGGAUCGCUGCGGGAUGUGGGGCUGCCUGCUUGGAGCCGUGCUUGCCUCCAAGAUUGCACAGUACAUCCUGACUUCUGACUUAGGCCUGCGCAUGGAGAGCUGCUUCCUCUCCGCCUUCCUCUUCAAGGCCCUGUUCCGUGCCUCCCUGCCCCACCCAACAGCCGACCGUGACUAUGCCCUGUACGAGAUCGGCGAGGGCUGCGAGGUCCAAUACCUGGUGCCUGGGGUGGACCUCCUGUCGGACCGAUACCGGUGUGAUGGCAGGACUCUGCUGGCCUCGCUGCGCUGGGUGGCUGAGGAGCUGUCUAGAGGCAGGCACAACCUCAUGGUUCUGCCCCUGUUGACGCUGUACCAGUACCUCACCACGUUUGUCUGCAGAGACCUACAGCGUGCAGUGGAUGGUCGGAUCCUUAAGGUACGCAUUCUGACUGAGCUGAGCCUGUACAGUGAAGCCUUCAUCGUCCUGGGUCGUUUGCUGCAUGGUGAGCGCCUACCACAGACAGCUGACAAUAACUUCCGACAGGUGGAAUCCAAAAUGUCUUCUCAGAAGUUUAACUCGGCCAAGCCUUUGAUGGAACCCACAAACCUAAAGAUGCUAGAGACACUUAUAGAGAAGAGACUGUCGCCCUCGCUGGCCACACUGUAUGGACCCCACCUGACAUGUCACCUGUCCUUAGCCCAGGCACACCUGAUGGUAGCCAUUGCAUCAACGAUACAAGCCAUGCCUGAUGUCGACAUCAUCACGACUAGUUCAAGCCCCGAGCCACCCCAGAGGAAACCCAGCCCAACCACCAGCACCACCAUCAGCAAGCCUCCUAACUCUGUGGUGUCUAAGAAGACAGAGAAGACGCACACCAAGAUUACUGUGGAGGAUGCCCUGGCAUCUGAGGACGGCUCGGCUGAAAGCUUGACUGUUACAGAAGACACCGGCAAGAAGUUUACUGGAGGAAAGAAACCACUAACACUGGAAGCCAUCAAGGGAGUGCUUCUGAGGACAGCUGAACAGACCUUGAAGAUCAUGGUGGAAAUAAUGCAGGGCCAAGGGACUUGUGGCCAAUCAGCGGCGGAGUUGGAGCUCAUCGUCCUGGCCAAGCUGGAGUUGGCUGCAGUCAACCGUGAGCUUCACCUAGCCACCACCGCUGCACAAGUUGUCGUCUCGGCCAUGACUGCCUUACAGGAGAGCAGCUUGUUUGGCGAGACCAAGAAACCCAAGCCACCACGCAGGUUGUCGUCCUUCAAGGGUAGCAAGCAGAAGUUCCAGAUGGCCUCCCAGCCCAUGCCCCCUACCCCCAUGGAAGUAGACAGCCCCAGCCAGUACCAGUACCAGAACUUCCAGAGUCGGUCCCGUCUGGAUGCCCGACUGUGGCUGGACUGCCGACUAGCCCUGGUCAAAUGCCUGAUGGGACAGGUCCGGGGCAUGGGCCUCCUUGCAACUUCCGAUGGACCGUCAGAGGGUCUAGACUGCCGUCAGUUCUGCAUGCAGGGUCUGACCGAGGCCGAGGCGUGCGGUGACAAUGAGAUGCAAGCUGAGUUCCUGAUGCAAGGGGCGUUGCUUGACUUGCAAGAGGGGCGGUCACUAGAUGACAUCAAACAAACCUUGCAGGAGGUAGUGAGCCUAUUGGAGCAGCAGCAGACCCUGUCCUCCCCCGGCCAUCUCCUCCUAGCCCUGGCCAAGAUCCAGCUGACAGACCUGAGGGCCCUGGCCGCCCACGCCUACCACAAGGAGAAGGGUACGCCCAUCACCGACAGCACCUUGGCUGCCUACACGGAGGCACAGCAGAUUCUGCUCAAUCAGAUGAUGCUGCUCGGUGAGAAGAUUGAGCGACACAUCUCAGUCUCCUACCUGUCAGCCCCUGCCAGCCCUCUCCUGAAUGUCUACCUUCCCCACCUGCUGUACCUCGCAAAGACCAAGAUGAGAAUAGGCCACGCCCUGGCCCGCCGGGCUACCAGGGAACAAGUGAAGAACAGUGCAAAGGUUCUCGGUGACCAUACCCCUGAUCCCUGGCUCCACGCAGCCGGCGUGCUCUCCACCGGUCUAGAGCUGGGCCGUGUCUGUGCCAGGCAGGAGGGCAGUCUCCUAGCUGAGCUGCUCCUCCACCUGGGCAAGGUGCAGCGGCAGCUGGCCCGAUGCAGGAGUAGCGGUGGUGAUGGUGGAGCAUACCAGCCCAGGGCUGCUGUGGGGACGCUACUAGAGGCUGUCAACGUCAGCAUGGCGAGCAAUCAGGAUUUAGGUCUGAUCCGCCAGGCUUACCUGGAGGUAGCCCUCCUGUACCUAGACGGCGCCAGCCAGAGACUCAAGGUCAUCAACGACUUACAGCAAGCCGAGAGGGAAGAGGCUAAAACCCUCCCCAUCCAAGCCUCGCCGGAGAAAAAGAAGAAAUCUAGGACCCCAAGCUCCUCAGCCUCCAAGAAACCCUCCCGGUCUGGCCCCCCGACGAAGGCCACCCCGUCCAAACGUGACCUAGCCAUCAAGGAAGCCAUAGCCGAACGCACCAAGGAGCUCACAGCGGCCUGGCUGGCCGUCCAGUCAGCAACAGCCGUAGCCAUAGCCCAGCGAUCCCUGGCCCUGCUGGUGGGUGACCCCUCCUUGACCUCGCUGACCUUGAAGGGUAAGGUCAGAGACGUGAUCCCUGAUUUCGUCAUGCAGGACCUGAGCUUUACUAAAGCGGAGCGUGGGGUCUCGCCUCCAGCAGCAGCUAAUAAACCCACCUUGAAGACCCUGGAUGAAGUCCAAGCAGACAUGGAGGAUGAUGAUACCAUCUCAGCAGGCUCACCAUCCCCAGUCCCUCUCCUGGCAGCCUCAGACAAGAAGCCCGUUACCUUGAGCUGGAUCCACCUGCUGAGCUACACGGCCAUCCUGCAGCGUUCCUGCAACUUGGAUUCCAUCGGGGUAGGGACGGACGGCAGUAAUCGCGGGGGUUCACCGGCGAAUGAGAACGGCAGCCUGGGUGCCGGUUUCGACCUGGGCUUUGUCAAUCACACCGGGUUUGACACGGGCAUCAACCACGACGUUGUCCGGCUCCCGCUGCUGUGCGGCGACGCCUUGCUGCGCUUGCAGAGCAUGCUGGGAUUCCUGCGUAGUCACCUCUCUGUCUUUGCUACAGGCUGCCAGGCUGUCAGACCGCCGACGGGCCUGUCGCUGCCGUUCCCCGGCCCCCCGACAGACCUCCAAAUACCGGCUAAGAGUUAUCCUGAGAACGCCUUCUGCUUGAUCGGCAAGACAGGUGAGGAUUCCAACAAGCAUGCCGCCAAGACGUCGGAUAAAGCCUUAAUAUCUGGCGAGAAUGAGCUUUGUCUCCAGUGGUACCAGCCUUCAACCCAGGACCCCAACGGCACCCCAUCCCGUCAGGUUCUCCUCCUGUAUGCCAUCGGAAAUUCCCCACCUCCCAAAUCGGCCCCAUCAAAAGGCCCCGCCGAGACACCACCACCCGUCGUGGGCAGCAUGACCCUCGCCUUACCCCAGGUGACAGAUCUCCACGACCGUCUGGCCGUCUUGAGACAAAAGGCUGAGAUCUCCCUGGCUGCGGCCGAGAAGCCUAAACCACCCAGCACCCCGGCAAUGAGCACUCCAUCUAAGGAUGGAUCCAGUACGCCAGGCAAACCAGCCAACCGGAAAUCCAAGAGGACAGCUCGCAUCGCUCAGCUGUCUGCCAAAGUCAAAAGAGAUGAAAAUCUUGAGGCUUUGCUGAGGCAGUGCGUGGACACAAUCCAGGAACUACUGAAGUACAAGGCGCCUGAGCAGGACCAGCAAGACCCACAAGCAAUUCCAUUUGAAGUGGAGCUGCCUCGUAUCCACAGCCUAGAGCAGCUGUUUGAUCCUAGCUACGGCGACUGUCUGAAAGGCACCAAGAUUUAUGAUUGGCUGGCCCCCAUGCUUCAGUAACCGGUUCCCAUGUUACGCCAGAGAGCUCCGAGCAUUUUAUUUUUAAACAUAGACUCACUCCUCUUCUUAUUAACCUGUGACAAUUUCCCCGAUAGACAAAUUUCAAAUUGCAAGCCAGUGCUAAACCAUUGUAUGGUUUUGGUGGUUUUUCUUUUGAAAUAAA